AUGACUAGAAUCUUCGUAAUGUUUCUUCUCGUCCUGGGGGUCUGCCAGGCGAGUUUCAUGCUCGAAAAUACCGACAAAAAUCAAGUAGAUUUGAGAUACCGGCUGCCGUCCGGAGUAGUGAUACCGAUCGAUUACACAUUGCACCUCACGCCUGAUAUGGUGAAAUUCACAUUUGAGGGUGAAGUGGACAUCACGUUAAUAGCGCUGACCACGAACAAUAUCUUGACGCUGAAUUCAAAGUACUUGUCAAUCUACAACGUUAAGUUCGUGGAUUUGAAUACAACGAAGACUCUGGAGAAUGAGUACCUAAUGGACGAAGAACACGAGAUCCUGAACAUUACGAUAAAACCCCAGUUUGAAAAGGAUCAUCACUACUCGCUUCAGAUAAAAUACAAUGGAAUCUUGAACGACAAGUCGAAAGGAUUUUAUAGGAGCCAAGUCAUACAAAGGGGCCAAGUAGUCGGGUAUAUCGCAACGACUUAUUUCGAGCCGACGUACGCUCGACUAGCGUUCCCAUGUUGGGACGAGCCCGCCUACAAGGCGAAGUUCGACAUCAGUUUGACGCACGAUAAGACACUUCAAGCGAUCUCUAAUACGGACGUACUGAAAAAAGAAGAAAAAGAUGACAUGAUAACUACUUCGUUCAAAGAAACCCGACUGAUGUCUACUUAUUUGGUAGCAUUCGUUGUAAGCAAUUAUGAAUUUAAGGUAGAUAAAGACGGCAACUUCACCUAUAGGGUAUGGACGAGGAAAACAAUGAUAAAGCAUGUUGACUACGCUUUGGAAAUGGGUAGGGAGCUUCUAGAAGAGCUGAAUUUGUACAUGAAUAUUUCGUACCAGACAUAUAUGCCAGACAAAUUAGAUCAAAUUGCGGAGAAGGAUUUCCCGGUCGGCGCUAUGGAGAAUUGGGGUUUCGUGAUUUUCAGAGAAGGUACUCUCCUUUACGACCAGGCUUCAUCCACAACCCGCACGAAGAUGAGAAUACUCGUGAUCAUCGCUCACGAACUCACUCAUCAAUGGUUCGGUGAUCUGGUCACCCCGAAAUGGUGGAAAUAUAUUUGGCUGAACGAGGGAUUUGCCAACUAUUUCCAAUAUUUCAUUACUCACAAAAUAAAACCUGAAUUGCGAUUGGACGAUAUGUUCCUUGUGGACAGCAUGCAAGAGACGGCGAUGGUCGUUGAUGGGUCCCCGGAGGUACGUCCCAUGAAUAAGGACGUAAUCACCCCUAAACAAAUCGAUGAUCUCUUCGAUGGCAUCGCCUACCAGAAAGGUAAUGUGGAUUCGAAUGACCUUUUCGGAUCCCUCCAGAAAGCUUUGGAUGAGAGUGGGAUUAAAUGGAAACAGCCCGUGCAAGUUAUAAUGCAUAACUGGGUGGAAUAUCCGGGAUAUCCAACGUUGACAGUUAAGAGAGUCGAUAGGGGCUACGAAUUGACACAGGAACGUUUUGUGAUCGAGCUGAUGAUGAAAGUCAAGGAGUACCCUACCAAGUGGUGGAUACCAAUCACUUAUGUCGAGGAAUCGAAUCCAGAUUUCAAUAACACGACUCCCAUCGAUUGGUUCUCUCCGGACGAUAAAUCACAUACCGUGCCAUCUAAGGAAAAAACAGGAUGGUUUGUUUUUAACACGCAGCAAACAGGCUUAAAGUCGAAUAUUGCUGAACCGAGAUCAGAUGGAUCCGACAAUCGUUGUUCGCAACGCGAUUACUUUAUCGAAGACUUUAUAUUCAUAGAAGCUCAUCUAUCAUUUUCUCAACAAAGAUCAUGGGUCCAGAUCGCUUUUGCUGUGUGUGAAAGUGCUGAUGUAGAUGGAACGAGGCAAAGGCCAAAUCCUGGGACGGUUGAUGAGAAACCAUGGGUGCGUGAGAACGCAAAAACAAUGUUUGUCAUAUCGUCAUCAAUGGAAGCAAAGAAAUUAGAUCCUAUUCUGAAGUCGGAAGCCAACAAGAUGGUGCUCUUGCAAAAAUUUCAUGAGUACCGAAUGUCAUCUGAAGAUAGGAUGGAACAGCACAUAGCAGCAGUGCAGAAUAUGACUGCUAUUUUGCGGGAUGUUGGCGAACAGAUAUCCGACAGUGCGGUGGCAGCAAAUCUGCUAGCCAGCUUGUCGCCUAGAUAUGGAAUUUUUAGAACAGCAUGGGAUAGUGUCGAUCCAGCGAGACAGACACUUGGGAAUUUGACUUCAAGAUUAGUUGCGGAAGAUCUCCGACUGAAUUCAGAAAAUCAAGAAGGGAAAAUAGCUCUAGUUGUGUCCAAACAGGAUCAAUCAAAGAAGUCUGAAAUUCAGAAGAAUAGUUCUAAGAAAUAG